CUCCUAUAUCCCCUCCCACCACAUCUCAUCUCUCACUCUCCAAACUCCCACUCCAACCUCACACUCACACUCACCUCUACUCUCGUUCAACCGACACUCUGAGCGUCGCGGGUAGAGACGCCUCUCAACAGCAUGUCAAACUACCCGCACUCGACGCUCGCAGCGUCGCUCUCAUCUUCCCCCUACGCGCUACAUAGCAACCUCGAGGCGCUGAUUCAACGCUCGCGCCAGCACCCCCACUCGCACUCGUACCGUCACUCGUAUCCCGCAGAGUACCUCCACAGAACGCCUGCACAGGGAGGAAUCCCCGAGGAAUCUGGGCAAGAUGGCGCCGCCCCUGCGCCCCGCGGCAGUAUCGACGAGGACGCCGGCAUGAUCAUGUUCCCACAGGAUCGCGAGGAGAUUGCCGCUGCCGCUGCUGCAGGCGACCGCGGUCGCCCUCGCGAGGACUCCAGCGAGGCCGCGGCCCCCUCGUCACGCUGGCGCAGGCAGCACAAGCCGGCAUACGGAGCAGUCUCGGAGCCAUUCAUCCCCUCUGCGUCCGCUCUGCCCGCCGACUCUGCCGUCGACCCCUCGGCCGGAGCGGGCACGUCUCGCUCGCGAUCAAAGGGAAGGACUCCACCGCGCCGCAUCGUCCGCCCCAUGACCCGUGCCCAUCGCGAGGCGGCCGCGCUCGCGGGCGCAUCGCUCGGCGACGUCCCGGCUGUCGACGCGGCCGCCGGCAGCCUCGUCUCGACGACGACGGUCGACAGCCUCGACGCCGGCUCGGCCAGUCCCGAAAACCUCGUCCCGGGCAGCCUUGCGAUGGGACGCGGACGCUCGUCUGACCGCCGCCCCAUGUCACCGAUCAUCACUUUCAAGCCCCUGAUCAACGGGCAAGGCGGCGGACACCACGACGACGAUGUCGAACGCGGAUGGAGCGCAUUCUCCCCUCCCCCGCCCGAGCCCUUGAGCGGCGACCCUGCACUAGAACUCGACGACAGCGACCUUGAUCUUCCCACCGAUCUGACCGGACAGGACCACGCUUCAAGGCAUGCGCUGAAUACCGAGCUCCCUAUCCUGCUCAAGACCACGAUCCCAAUCUUCUUCACCCAGCUCGCAGAGUACUCACUGCAGCUGGCCUCCGUCGUGUCCAUCGGGCAUCUUGGCACGACACAGCUUGCGGCGUCUUCCCUCGCCAACAUGACGGCCUCGGUUACGGGUUUCUCCAUCUUGCAGGGCAUUGGCACCGCGCUGGAUACGCUCCUCCCCGCUGCUUGGACGUCGUCUGACCCGACCCGUGUCGGUCUCUGGACGCAGCGCACCAUGGUUGUCUUGGCCAUUGCCAUGCUCCCCAUGCUCGUUCUCUGGUUCAACAUGGAGGCUGUUCUUCUUGCCCUCAACCAGCAUCCUGAUGUCGCCGCGCUUGCCGAGGUCUACCUUCGCUGGCUGUCCAUUGGCCUCCCAGGCUACGCCGGCAACGUCGCUCUUAAAAAGUACCUUCAGGCCCAGAACGUCCUUAAUGUCCCGACUAUUGUCCUCUUUAUUGUUGCCCCCAUCAACCUGCUCUUAAACUGGGCCCUUGUCUGGGGUCCCAAAUGGUGCAGAAUGGGCUUUGCCGGCGGCGCCUUGGCGACUGCCAUCAGCUUUGAUCUGACUUUCAUCCUCCUUCUCGGUUACAUCAUGUUCUUUGGCUCCAGGGAAGCAUUCUCUCCGUUUAGCAUCAAGUCGGUUUUCUCCAAGCUCGGCACUGUAUCAUCACUCGGUCUGGCUGGCACGGUCAUGGUCUCGUCGGAAUGGUGGGCAUGGGAAGUUUGCGCACUUGCCGCCUCGUUCUUGGGCCCUACGACGCUCGCCGCCCAGUCGGUCGCCCUUUCGACAUGUGCGACCCUGUACCAGUUCCCUGCUGCGCUUGGCAUUGCAUCCACUGUUCGCGUCGGCAACCUCCUUGGCGCCGGUCGCGCUUGGGAGGCCAAGUGGGCUAGCCGGGCCAGCUUCAUCCUCGCUACCGCCUUUGCGCUGUUCAACAGCGCCAUCUGUAUCAUAUUCCGCGACAACUGGGGCUACAUGUUCAACUCUGACCCCGAAGUCGUCGCUAUUGUAGCCUCGGUUCUCCCUUGGAUCGGACUGUUCCAGGUCAUGGACGGUCUGUCGGGUGCGGUCAACUCGAUCCUUCGCGCCCUCGCCCUGCACUCGACUGGUGCCGCCGUCAGCCUGACGGCCUACUAUGUCAUCGGCAUUCCGUUUGGGCUGUGGCUCACUUUCCCGAUGAAGCUUGGCCUCGUCGGCAUUUGGAUCGGGCUCACGAUUGCGCUCUCCGUGUCGUCUGUCGUCGGCGGCAUCAUUGUCUGGCGAGUAGACUGGGUGCUGGGCGUCGAGCGCGUCAGACAGCGCCUCGGCCUCGACACGCUGCCGCCCGAUGUCAAGUUUGACGACGAGUGUGACGAGUCGUCGUCGAUUAUCAGCACGCCGCGCGGGGAGCGCCAGCCGCUGCUGGGAUAAAGUAAAAUGUAAACGAAACGAACCUGCCCACGCACACAUAACACUCUACAUGUAUUCUCGCCCCACUGGCAUUCAUAGCUUGUCCUGUUGGAUAUCGUGCCCUGUUACUAU